AUGGCCGUGACGGGCACGGCACGGAUCCCCACGCUGGGCCCGAAUGCCUUGGGAUCGGUCGCGACGCAUCUUCAGACGCAACAUGGCGCACAAUCACUCGGCCCGUGGCGCCUGCGAUUUCGCCCGUAUCGCACGGUCCGUGGGUCGCAUUCGGAAGAGCACACCAAAGGGUUGCGUGCCGAGCAACCUGCCGACGACCUGCGCCGCCAGCGGCGCGUAAUGUGGGAGGUGACAGACGCGGCGCAACCAAAGGCCGUGUUUCUCCUGUUCGAGGACGCGGCGAUGCCGACACGGGCGGAAAUGCGCGCGACGUCGAGCGAAGGACACAGCCGCUGGCACGCUCACGUCGUCAGCGCCGAGUUUGCGACGCUUCUGCGCCAUGCGAAUCUUCCCGGGCCGCUCGGCACGCCAGCAGGUACGCUGGGCCCGGGUGCGUGGAUGCAGCGCGGCGCCAAUAUCGCAUUCGACGGCCUCUCGUUCCGGAUACGCUUGGGGCAGGCGCAGGCGUCGCUCCUCGGUACCGCGCCCGAGCAGGAAGUGGUGCUGAGCAUCGGCAACGUCAUUGUCGGCGCAGACCGUGUUGUAGGCGGCAUUGUCGAGAUCCAGUACCUGCCAUUGACGCGGCUCUCUCCGAGCUCGUCGUUGCUUGGCUCGCUGCUGGUCGCGCUCUUGCCGCCGAAUCUCGUGCCGCUGCUUACACCGGUGCCUGCGCCCGCGCAUGAGCUGAUUCUCCCGAGCUCGGUCGUGCCGCGCACGAUGCUAGCGCCGUCGCAGCUCGAAGAGGUCGUCCCGGCCAGCACGAGCGAAUGGCGCAACGCGUCUCAAGGCCGCCAGGCACCGCAAAACCCCGAGGCUUUUCCGCCGUGGGACGACGAGCCGAACUACACCCCGGAUGUCGUGGGGUGGACCGGCGUCGAGCCCCGCCGGCGCAUGGCAUUUGUAUACCUGACCAUGCUUCGUGCCGAAGGCCUCGCGUGA